AAAGGAAAUACACGUCAGUUACUUUUAGAGAAAAUAUAACGUUAUAUUUGAUUGGUCAAUCUCGUGUACUUUAGUCCUAUGAAAUAAGUGUUACGAAAUUUGGUUAGAAAUUAAAGUUUAGGUGGUGAAGAUGGCUGGAAAAACGAAGCCGAAAAAUGGGAUGAACGGGAAAACUAAUGGAUUUAAUAAUUGUUAUCAAAACGGACAUGAUUCACAGAACACACCUCUGAAGGAUACAUUUAUAGAAACAUUUGAGGAAACACCUCUAUCUACAGCCAUUUUAACAUAUUUGGGAUAUGCUGUUCUUGUUGUUAUUGGACAUAUCAGAGAUUUCUUGCGAAGUCUUGGUAUUGAAAAAAUAAAGUCAUGCACAGAACCCAAGCUUCAGGGUUACGUUUCACUCUAUCAGAGCUGGGAAAGUUUUUAUACGAGGAAUCUCUACAGAAGAAUAAGAGAUUGUUGGAACAGACCAAUAUGCAGUGUAGCAGGUGCAGAAAUGGAUAUGUUAGAACGUGUAUCUCCUGAUAAUGGAUGGAACUUCGAACUAACUGGAAAGACACAACAUGUAUUAAACUUUGGAUCAUAUAAUUAUCUUGGUUUUGCUGAAAAUAAAGGUCCCUGUGCAGAUGCUGUAGAAAAAUCUACAAUAAAGUAUGGCGUAGGAUGUUGUGGCAGUAGGCAAGAAUUAGGUUAUUUAGAAAUCCAUAAACAGCUAGAUGAAUUAGUGGCAAAGUUUCUUGGAGUAGAAGCUGCCACCACUUUUCCGAUGGGUUUUGCCACUAAUUCCAUGAAUAUGCCAAGCAUUGUGGGAAAGGGAUGUCUAAUUUUAAGUGAUGAACUGAACCAUUCCUCUUUGGUGCUGGGGUCAAGGUUAUCAGGAGCUUCCAUUAAAACAUUCCGCCAUAAUGAUAUUGAAGAUUUAGAAAAUAAACUAAAAACUGCAGUAGUCUUUGGACAGCCAAGAACACACAGGCCAUGGAAAAAAAUUCUUAUUGUAGUAGAAGGAGUAUAUAGUAUGGAAGGAUCUAUUGUAAAAUUGCCAGAAGUAGUGGCAUUAAAGAAGAAAUACAAAGCUUAUGUUUACUUAGACGAGGCCCAUAGUGUAGGAGCCAUGGGACCACAUGGCAGAGGCAUUGUGGAUUACUUUGGAAUUGAUCCUAAAGACAUUGAUAUUAUGAUGGGAACAUUCACAAAAAGUUUUGGUGCUGCUGGUGGUUAUAUUGGAGGGUCUAAGGAUUUGAUAAACCAUUUGAAGUUACAGUCUCAUGGAUCAAUAUAUUCGUGUACCAUGGCCCCUCCAGUUACACAACAAAUCAUAUCAUCUAUGUCAAUCAUCAUGGGAGCUGAUGGCACUAAUGAAGGUCAAAAAAGAGUACAACAACUGAAGUGGAAUACCCGAUAUUUCAGAAGGAGGUUACACGAUAUGGGUUUUAUUAUCUAUGGAAACAAAGAUUCACCCGUCAUUCCAUUGUUAAUAUUUAUGCCGUCUAAGAUUGCUGCAUUAGGCAGAGAAUGUUUGAAGCGAGGACUUGGUAUUGUAGUGGUAGGAUUCCCAGCCACACCAAUCAUAGAAUCUCGAGCAAGGUUCUGUCUGUCUGCUGCUCAUAAUAAAGACAUGCUGGACAAGGCCCUUGCAAUAAUAAAUGAAGUUGGAGAUAUGCUAUCUUUGAAAUAUUCCCGAACUAUUCCUCCGAGUUUUAGUGAGAAGGAUGUGGAGUUGUUAUUGUGAUUGUUUAUAAGAGGUGUAAACAAAACAGUAGUAAUCAGAUGCGUUGCCAUGACAUCCAACAAUUCAUGUUAAUGACAGAUUCUGUAUCAACGGUGUAUAUCCUGGAAUGGAAUUACAAUGGAAAGUGUUCCUGGAAUCUUAAUAGAGACUACACCAAUGUCAACCAAUCAGAAUCUUGAGAAAUUGUGAAUUGUGUGGAAUGUCAAUCAGAUAAUGUAUUACAGUCCAAAUCAUGGAAUGUUAGAGCAGAUUGAGUGGACAUUUAUCAUAAUCAAUUUGACCAUGUUAUAGUCUGUAUCAUAAUCAAUUUGACAAUGUUAUAGUCUGUAUCAUGAAAAAUAAGUAUAGGUUGAGUGAAAAAUGAUCGUAGUACUAUAUAUGUUAUUUAUCUCUUCACAAUACUGUAAAUUCAUAAAUUAUUGCAAGAUUUUUUUUAUUGCGAAAAAUGCAACAGAGUUGUAAACGCAAUAAUUUAAACUCGCAUUUUGAAAUGGUUUAUAUGAAUUAAUCAGGAUUUUUCUCAAAAUCGUAAAAAAUAAAGUUGAAUUUAAGUCUAAAAUGACAAAAUCGUAAUAAUAAAUGCACGAAAAUAAUUUCUGAAUUUACAGUAUAUCGCUCAUUAUCAGUGCUAUUGAUAAGUCAUUUAGCAAAAUAUUAGUAUUGUGUAUUCUCAUGAAAACAGCAGGGCAGAGGAAAUUGGUCUUGUGAGCCUGAUCUUUGUAAACUGAAAUGAUAGGCAACCUUGAUGAUGUUUUUUUUGCUAGAAACUUUUUGUUUUUUCAGUGGAACAAAAGCAAUGGACCUUCACAGAUGUUAUUCUUAAGGUGUUUUGUUUCUCUUCAUCUUUAAAUCUGGAACUAACAAUUUCACUGAACUGGACCAAAUCAAAUUUUACUUAUUUCCAAUAGUUGUUAAAAUUUGUGAAUGACAGAAUCCAUUUGACUGUGAUGUAAUGUUGUUAAUCAUACGUGAUGCAAAUAUAUAUGUAUCAGUUGUCUUUCAGGAAUUGCUGUACAAUUUUAAAUUUUAUAAUUUGUGUACUUAACCUUUGAACUAUCAUGACUAUCAAAAUAAUUUAAUGUAAUUGUUCAUAGCACAGAUUUUUUACACCUGAAUGCUAGUAUUAUCUAUCCAUCAUCUGUCAUUCAGAUCAUCAUCUUUUCCUUCAAAAGUGUUAAUAUAUAUGAAAUGCAAGAAAAUUGGUGCAUCCUACCCAUCAUCAACAUCAAUUUAAGGUGGUACCCAAAACUACAGGGAGAUAACUCUGUAAAAUCGGCUAAACGUUUUAAUUACAUUGUUUUGUUAAGGAAAUUAAAAAAUUCUCAAUGAUCAAAAUUAGUUUUUGACAAACUGCUAUAUUUCCAACCAAUUUUUUCCGACAAGGUGAUUAGUUAAUGAUUUUUUUUUUGAUUUUUUCAAAGAGUCAAAGUUAACAUUUUGUUGAAUUUUAUGAAAAUUAAACCAGCAAAUUAAUUUUAGUCGAGGUGUUGGGUACCACCUUAAAUUAUCACUCAAAAAUAUCAUCUCUCUUAGGUUCAUAAAGAUUCAUCAAAAUUGAAUGUUACAGCUGAAUAUUAUUGUGUUUCAUCAGGUUCAGCUUUGUUCAAUGUUCUUUAGUGCUAUAUUUUACAAUAUUUAUAUAUUUGAUAUUUACAUUAUAUUCAUAUGCUAUCAGGCAUGAUUUUAUUUAUGCGCCAAGUGUGUCUUUUCCAAAACCUUUAACAGGUUUAGAAUUCCUCUCUAGUGAGACAAAUCCGGCCAUUUUUGUAUGUACAUGUAUCUACCGAUGCUAAUUUUCUGCCAGGAGUAAACAAAUACAAAUACGUUUUUGGCCUUAUACAAGUUAUAUAUAAACCUUUUUAAAGUUAUCUUCUGGAAAAAUGUCCAUUUAGAAGACCUAUUAAUCUUCAGUGAUGUUAAAAAUGCAAAUUAAUAAGUAUUUAUUUGUUCAUUUGAUUAUAUAUGUUAAAGAUUUAAGCUUAUUGCUUCAAUUGAUAGGCUGAUCUCGGUAUUGAAAAUAAACAGAGUUAUCUUCCCAUUUAGGUAAGUAGUGCCAUUUUGUGAUGGCAAAGUCAAAGUGACUGGGACAAACUCCUUUGGAAAAGUAAAGUUCUCAUGUAUGCUACCAUAUUAAUUUUUUUCAAAAAUCUUUAAUUUUUUUUUUAUGUAUUUGCAUUUUCUUUAAGUGAAUCUCUAUCCACAUAUCUUAGCUGACUGAGAAAAAAUUACUUUUUAAAUGAAAAUAACUGCUGAUUUCAAUGCUUACAUGUUAAUUCAACAAAUAAUUUUUAACGUAGAAAUCCUUUUAUUUUAAUGCAUUUAUUAUUUCUUCUCAAAGUUAAAAAUUUCAUUAUUUAUACAGUAUUUUAUUGUCUUCAUUUGUGUAUUGGGUUCUAUAUUUUAUUUUUUAACCAUUAGUAUUUUGUAUUUUUAUAUUACUAGUAUUAGAUAUUUAUGUGCCAUCCAUUUGCCAUUUACAUUAAUCAUCUAAUUUAUUUUUCAUCUCAAUUAUUAAAAACUGCUUGAUAUACGUGUAAUUAUGAUAUGACAGAAAGAUUAUUGUUUACUUUGCUAUUAUCAAAUGCCAUUUUAAUUGACAAUCCAAAGCUUUCAUGUGUUAACCAAUUUUCUGACAGAUUGGACAUUCUAUUUAAAUAUGAAGACAAGCUUUUUAGAAAGCUGAUACUUGUUAAAAACAAAACUGCUCAAGUGAGCCUUUUAAUGAAUCUUGCAUAAAGUCACUUGUUUCAUUUGACCAGUUUUGUAAAUUCAACAAUUUUUAAAAGCUUCUGUCAGCAUGAAUUGAAUUUACACCUGAUCUUUCAGGACAAGGAAACUGAUUAGUUAUUGGUAUUGAUAAUUUGGGUAAACAGUUUCUUUUAGAAAUAAACAUUAUUUAAAUUAGAACAUUCUGACUGUGUUUAAAUUAAAAUUUGUGUGUAAGACAUUGUUUAAAUUUGUACACUGUGUGUCUGACAUUGUUUAAAUUUGUACACUGUGUGUCUGACAUUGUUUAAAUUUGUAUAUUGUGAGUGAGACAUUGUUUAGGCUAGUAAAUUGUUUGUAUGACAUUGUUAAAGCAAGUACAUUGUGCUGUGGCAUUUUGUAAAACUAAACUAUUUGUCUGUUUGUUGUUAAAUAGGGAUUUAUAAGGAUAUAUAUUAAAGAUAAGCCCAUAAUGGUUGUGAUUGACAAAUUACUGUGAUUUUGACAGGGUUAAGUUUGGUAUAUGGGGAAAUUUCGGGCUGUAAAUUAAAUUUGUACCACUAAUAACCAUCUUGAAUUUGCUUGGUGUUGUUCAUUUCUACAAUACCGGUAUUAUAUAAACACAAUCACAAUAAGUCUUUCUCAUAUGCAAAUAUUCCAGUUUCAGAAUUUGAAGGACUAUGGGCUAUUUCUUUAUUUAAGUUUACACCUUUAGUUGACAGUCAUUGUUUAUUACAUUGUCAACCAAUCAAAAUAUUCCUUUUUAUGAAAAAAAACCAAAAUGCUUCAGAUUCUGAAACAUCCAAUCACAAUUGCUGAAUAGUAUCAAGUAUGUUUUUAAAUCAUCCAAUCACGUUCACUGAAUAUUUAAAAUGUUCAAAAAUGAAUCAGAGCUGUGGUACACAGACAACAUAUUUCAGACAUCUUGCAUUAUAAAUUCAUUUAUUUAUUAAUCAUCCAUAUUUUUAUUGUAAAUAUUAUUAUUAGUUUUUACUUAUUUACACUUAGUUUUGAAUUAUUAUGUUAAAUUUCAGGUAGUGUUAAGCAUAAUGUUAAUGAUGUAUUUGAAAAAAAUGACAGUAGUAUAAUACUGGACCAGUGUUGACUAGCCCUCACUGUGUACAAGCAACACUGGUUUUGUAAGGCCUUCUGGAAUAGUUUAUGAUUAAAGUUUCCAUGCAUGUGUUGUAAAGUAUAUAGAAAAAAAAUGCAGUGAUUUUUUUGUUGAAUUUGGGAUGACUGUUGUCACCAAUAAAACAAAAGCGAUGGACACUACUGCUGAUAAUACUGGCGAUUUGAUGAUAAUUUUAAUCUGCUGGUAUAGUGUGGAAACAUUUGAAAUUAUUCCAGUUGUGUUUUUAUGUCAAACUACUUGACUUUUCAUACAUUGUUUAAAUAAUAGGAGAGUUCCGAUAUAGUUGUUGUUUCAAUGUUAAGGUUGAAUAGUUGUGUUAAAUGACAUUUUUCUAUGCAUCUGUGUGAAAUUUUUACACAAAAAUAGGAAUAUUUAAAAUUGUUUCUAUUUAAGAAGAUUGAACAUACUUUUCUGUUUGGACACCCACUAGCAUAUAUAUAUGUUUAUUAUCAUUUCUAUGAAAAAUUCAUGUUUCCUUAUAUGGUCAGACAUGCAUCAUUGCCUAAAGCAUGCCUAACUUAGCAAUUAUAUUUCAAGGUCAUAUUCACUAUAAAUCAUAAAAAAAAUUAUGGCAACUCCCACUUUACACACAAAACUGUGGUUAGAGCUUUUGUGAAAAUGUGUUAACUGGUUCUUUCUCAAUGUAAUUUUAAAUUUAUCAGUAUUUAUUCCUAAAUUGUUAAAGCGGAAUUGAGACAAGAAGCACCCCGUUUCCCGGAACAAUACUGUUUUUAGUUUCUGAUAAUUGUGAAAAUAGCUCUAGAUAAAUAUAACUAUAGCACUUAUAUCAGUUUGGAUAUACUAGAACUAAAAUAUGAAAGCUGUUAAAUCUAAGAACUCCAUGAAGCAGUAUUAUGCCUCCUUUAUUAAUUUUGACUACUUUCCUUUUUUUUUAAAGCAUUUAGAGCAAACUAUAUAUUUGACCAUGUUGCAAAAAAUACUUUGUAGAUAAAAUGUUUCUUUUCAACUUUUCAAGUGAUCAAAAACGUUUAAUUUUGUUCACUGAAUGAUUGAAGAAGUUAUUCUUCAAUUGUUUUUUAUAAGUUUGUCAAGUUAGGAUUCAGACUUAAUGAAUGUUAAACCUUAUUUAAAAUCUGUCAUAUUAGGAUGAAACUUUUGUAAGAUAUAUUGUGUAUGUGAAAAAAUUUAGUUCUUUAUUGGAACCAAAUAAAUGGACAAAUAAGUGGCUAUGUACUUAAUAAUUGUUAAAUCAUUAAGAUGUGUUUAAACUUAAUUGUUAAAUCAUAAAGAUGUGUUUAAACUUAACCACAGUUAUUGGAAAUAUUUUCAGUUUUGAAAACAAAAAUCUAGAAUUUAGUUUCAAAGAAUAACGAGUUGAGGAUAAACAUAUUCUUCGGUCUUAAAAACUUGUGUGUUAGUACUUGUAUUCAUAGCAUUAAAGAGUUCAAAAUAAUUUUUACAAUGAUUUUUUAAUUUGUUAUCAAGAAUUACUGGUAGUUAAUAUUGAUUUAUUAUUAUAUUUACAUCUUUAUGACAAAAGUUAAUUAUAAAUAUUAUGCGGGUAUUCUAUAUAAUUGAAAUGACCAAAAUGUUGAUGAAAAUUUAUAGAAAAAUUUAAUUUUGUUAUAUGUUUUUAAGUUUAUAAGGUGUGUUAUUUUUUUUUAGAAUUGUAAUAAUGUUGAGAAUAUUUAUAGAUAUAGUUUAUGUAGAUAUUUGUUUGCUUACAUGAAGUUAUUUGUGAAUGUAUUAAACAAUUCUUUCUUAUGGUAGAUUAAUAUGCCAGCUUUUGGUUUUUUUUUUAUGUUGAAUCUAUGCAUCUUUGUUUAACUGCUAUGAUGACAAAAUUAAAACUAUGAUAAAGUGUU